AUGAAAGUUGCUGUCUUUGGAUCAACCGGUGAAACCGACCAGUCGAUUGUUAGCGCCCUACUUGACUCGCCGGAAAUAUCUGAGCUCAUAGCUCUGAUUCGGCCUUCAUCGCUAGAGAAGAAAGGAGAGGCUGCGCUCAGGGACCGUGGGGUGAAAAUCACUGCAGCAGAUCCAACAGUUGCGCAUACUCAGAUAGUUCCAAUUUUGACCGGAAUCGGCUUUGUGAUCUGUUGUGUCCCCCCGCAUGUUUUUGAUGAAUAA